AUGUCACAACCCUUGAAACUCCUGUUAGACAGCCCUGUCAUAAUUGCUGCCAUUUUCAUCUCUGGCAUUGGUGGGACAUUCCAGUAUGGUUUUCACAUAUCUGUCAUGACCUCCCCCUCUUUUUUCAUAAUGGAGCUGGUGAACCAAACAUGUGAACAGCGCUACGGUCUCUCGUUAGAACCCUGGCAAGUUUCUCUCAUUUGGUCUUUCCUUGUCUCAAUAUUCUGCAUUGGGGGGCUGCUGGGGUCCCUCUGUAGUGGUCUACUGACCUCCAACUAUGGGAGAAAGCAGUGCCUGAUGUUUAAUAAUCUUGUGGCCAUCAGCGGAGGAGUUUUAAUGCUGCUAAGCAAAACAGCCAUAUCCUUUGAAAUGAUCAUGGUUGGACGCUUCCUCUAUGGUAUCAAUGCAGGAAUUAGUCUCAGUAUUCACACAAUGUACCUAGUGGAAUGUGCCCCCAAGAGGCUACGAGGCAUGGUGGGAGUGACUGUUGCUACCUUCAUCUCCUUGGGGAAAUUCUGUGGUCAGCUGUUGGGGAUCAGUGAGCUACUCGGAACAGAGAACCGGUGGCCCUGGCUGCUUAGUUUCAACGGUUUCACUGCCUUACUCCAGCUACUCACACUACCCUUCUUACCGGAAUCACCCCGCUACCUACUGCUGGACAAGGGUGACCGCCAGGGCUGUGAAAAAGCUCUUAGGAGACUCUGGGGCGACAGGGACCACAGUGUGGAGGUGGAGGAGAUGUUGGAGGAGUAUGCGGCGCUACAGGGGGUUCGCAGUCACACAGUAAUGGAACUUAUCCAGAAUCGAACAAUACGCUGGCAGCUCUUAACCAUUCUUGUUACAUAUGUCACAUUGCAACUCUGUGGCAUCAAUGCUGUUUACUUUUAUUCAUUUGAUGUCUUCCGUGCGGCAGGAAUCCAAACCCACCAGCUGCGUUACGCCGCUUUGGGAACUGGACUGUGUGAGCUCACUACCUCUGUAGUCUGUUCUUUGGUGAUUGAGAAAACAGGGAAAAAAAUGCUUUUCGUGAGGGGUUACUUAGGCAUGGCCGCCACCCUUGGUCUCCUCACCAUCACGCUCUACUUGCAGAAUCAGGUCGCCUGGAUGCCAUACAGUAGCAUGGUCCUUAUCUUUAUCUUCAUCUUCUUCUUCGCUAGUGGACCAGCUGGAGUGACGGCCCCUCUGCCAGGGGAGAUCUUCACUCAGUCAUUCAAGUCAGCUGGAUAUACCAUCGCUUGCACCCUGAACUGGACAGGCCUGUUUCUACUAGGAAUGCUCUUUCCCCUCAUCGUGGAACAUCUGGAUUACUUUUGUUUUCUUUUAUUCUUGUUUUUUUGCCUCCUUUCUGGGUUGUAUGUUUGGUUCAAUGUCCCUGAAACCAGAAAUCUGACUGUCCUGGAAAUCAAUGUGGAGUUUCAGAAGAUGCAUUCAAAAUCUGAAAAAUUACCCCAAAGAACUGAAAACACACCUUAUGACACACAGACACACCAGACUAAACUCUGA